AUGAGAUUUUGCUUGCUGUAACUACACAAAACAUCUGCAAUAUACAGUACACACACCUGCCAAUAUUCCAAAGAAGGGACAUUUGACUCAACAAGAAACUUUCACCCUUCAGAGACGGGAGCUUCCCGGCAUCGCUGGAAGUGGAGUGUGGGCCUCAUGAAUUUGGAAUCAAACCAAGGGGAGCAACCAGAAAGCUGUCGAGGUCGUGUGGGACAAAAGUGGAGGGGAAUUCCGCCGACGAAAAGGUGGGUCAAAAGUAUCCCGACAGACUGGAUACUGCGGUACUUCCGUCUGCUCUUGAUUGAUUAUCGCCUCUCUUUUUUUUCCCUUUUAUUUUUAUUUUUCUACUUUUUCCUUUUUCUAUUUUUUUCUCUUUUCGUUAUUUCUCAUCCCCGAGCCACAGAGCUGGUGGAUGAACUGGAAUCCAUGGCCGAAAAAGACCGGGAAAAUGCUGAGACAUGCAUCCCAACUGGCUGUCUGCCAGUUAGUCUAUUUAACUUUCCUAGAGUCAAAGAUAAAUAACGCAGGCUUAUCUUACUGUGUACUAGGAUCAU